GUAUAAUAGUAUCCGGUAACCCAGCGAGCUGACGACAAGCCUGAGGAGACCAAUUGGGUCAGUCAGCCAACUGCCUCCACAGUUUACUCUGCCAUCAAGCUUGGUUUAUAACACUUCAGCCAACAUGUCUGACAUCAACGAACCAAGCACACAUGCUUGCUGUGCAUUCCUGGCGGACCUGCAAACACUUCCUGCUGUAAACGAUGCAGUUACAAAAGCAAAGGACUUGUACAACACGACAAAGGACUACAAGUGUGUGGGUAUGGCGGUGUGUGUAGCAUCUGUAGGUGUGCGGGCAGCCACGAGUGUCUUGCCCUUGACCACAUUGACAACAUCGGGCAGUUGGAAAGCACUUGACAAGUGGGCUUGUCAAAAACUUGACACCGUGAAGAUCUGGGCGCCCAGCAUAACCAAACCUACCACAGAGAUGGUGGAUGAUGCACGAGCUAAGAUGCUGGAAGUCGUUGCUGGUGGUACAACCGCGCCAUCAACACUGGCUGGGGCUCUGACGGCCAGGGCAGAAUACACGGUAUAUAAGAUGAGUGAAUAUAAAUGUGGUCGUGUAGCUAUCAACAUUGCCGACAGCCUAGUGGACAAGGCUCGCACACUGCUUGACAAAUACUUUCCCCAAACUGACGCAGUCUCUGAAUCUGAUGGCAGCAAUGGAGGCCUCGUGCCAAAAACACUGGAUCUGGCAGCGAAGCUUAAUCUUUGUGCCUACCACGCCGUCCACUUGAUUAUCCAUACUGACGCAAACUGUAAGGAGAUUUCCUCGGCUCAUCUUAUUCACUGUGCAGGGAACUACACAAAACAAUGGCUGUCUGAUGUUGAGGCUGCGAAACCAGAAAUAUCCUCAGUAACGAGGCUAAUUACUGCUCUGGCAGUGCACAUAAGCACCCACGCCACUGUUACCCUACAGGCCCUGCUGGGCAUUACUAAAGUGCUCUACAGUGGCUCUGCCGCAGACUUUGCCGUGUCGUACCUUGCCUACAGUCAUGGUGUUGCCCUGAGAACUGCCGUCAUAAUGGCAUUGUCCUUGCAACUCGUAAAGCUUGUAUACGAAGAGAUGGAUAAACUUUCUUCAGAUGUUCGGGUACGGUUGGCUGAGCUAACAAAGAGGAAAGUAGAUGUCGUUCUUGUGGCAGAUUCCGUUCCUGUGGCUGCCGUUCCUGAGGCUGAUCCCGUUCCUGAGGCUGAUCCCGUUCCUGAAGUUCAAGAAUCUUCAAGGCUUGACAUUUCUUCAACAGAUUAGGUUUUUUCUAGUUCAAGCAAAGCUGAAGUUACCUUUUUUGACUAAAAGAUCUUGCGUCUCUUCUUUUCGGAACGGUCUCGUGGAAUGCCAUAUUGUAGCCUAAUAUUUUAAAUUUCUACUGCUCACACUAGAAAUUUAAGUUUAUUAAAAUUUCGGUAGCAACUUGUCUACAUAAUGCUAGAUUAGUUAACAAUUUAAAUAAGUAUUAGGCGUUGAGAAGCGGAAUUGGGUAUAUUUAAAUUAACUACAUUGUAAAACUCACUUUGUACCAAUAAAUUGCAAAGGUG